AUGUCGGCUAUGACAGGCUCAAGGUCACCUACAUCUCCUUGGCCGUCAGAGUGCCAGAAUUUGCAGCCUGACCACCCUGCAAACGCAACAUCAUUUUUCUCUUUUUGUGAUACUCACCCUUCAUCUCAUGGACCUCCCGGACUUGGUCCCUCGAGUACAGUCUUAGACCGUUCGGGAUCUGAUCAUUUCUCAAUUAGUGUGGACAAUCCGGGCAACUUUGGGAACAUUGGAGAAGCAGUACCACAUGCUCAUUCUGCAAUAUCUUAUCCAAGAAUUCACCUUGCAAACAAUAGAACCCUCGAUAACAACCUGACUCUUUCAAGAAGUGGAUUGGCAUUCAACAAUCACUUGAAAGAAUCCAGGAGUCACGGGAAUCCACAUAGCCGAGACCUAGUGGUCACAGGUGCCGGUGCACCUUCAGGACAGAUGACUUCUAUGGACGGGCGUUCCAUCUCCUUAGAUGAAUGUGCAGCGCUUCUCGAAUCAUCUGAUCGUGAUAUUAUGCUUCUAGAUGUUCGACCCUACGCGCAUUUUGCGAAAGGGACUAUCGAGGGGUCUCUCAAUCUUUGCAUACCGACAACACUGUUGAAGCGCCCUUCAUUCGAUACGCAGAAAUUAGCGAAUACUUUCACAACUGAUCAUGAUAAGAAAAAAUUCGCGCGAUGGCGGCAAUCCCAAUACAUAAUCGUGUUUGAUGCCGCUACAUCUGACAUGAAAGAUGCCGGGUCGCUAGCGAAUGUGCUGAAGAAAUUCACCAGUGAAGGGUGGGGAGGGGAGGCUCGAAUUCUACUUGGGGGCUACAAAAUGUUCUCAUCUCGCUUUCCUCAUUUGACCAAGCAACAGCAGCUUCCAGCUUCAGGAGCGCCUACAAAGAAAACACCCAGAAUGCAUAUUGAUCUCCCUUCGGCAGCUCCAGUCGCAGGCGGAUGUACUCUCCCCGAGUCAUCCCAUGCUGCGAUACCUUUUUUCGCCAACAUCAGACAACACAUGGAUCUCGUUGAUGGUGUUGGACAGAUACCUCUACAACUCCCUUCUGAUUUUACGGAACUCAAGAGACAACAACUCCCAGCUUGGCUACGCGAUGUGUCGGACGCCUCCGACAAAGGUCGUAAAGUCUCCGAGAGGUUUUUGAAACUUGAGAAGAGGGAGCUCGAACGCAUGAAACGAGCGCUGUCUUAUAAUAAAUCCGACGAGUUCGCAGCGAUUGACUCCUCGCCAGAAAGGUAUCGCGUUGCCGGUAUUGAGAAAGGAACGAAGAAUAGAUACAACGACAUCUAUCCUUUUGAACAUACUCGAGUGAGACUCCAAAAUGUCCCUCCUGGUGGCUGUGACUACGUGAAUGGGAACCAUUUAAAGGCCGAAAAGAGUGGUAAAUGCUAUAUCGCCACCCAGGCCCCAGUUCCCGAUACCUUCGAUGACUUUUGGCGAAUGAUAUGGGAACAGGAUGUCCGACUUGUUGUUUCAUUGACUGCCGAAGUUGAAAGGGGUCAGGUCAAAUGUCAUCCUUACUGGAAGUCAGGAGAGUAUGGACAAUGCCAGGUCAACAAUUUCUCGCAGAAGUUGAUCUACCUAAAUUCUCGAGAUGCACCACAUAUUGAGUUAGAAGGCAGCCAGUUACCCCCCGACGUGAAGGACGACCCAGGUAACCCAUAUAUCGUUGUCAGGCACUUUGGCUUGUCACAUUCAGCAUACCCAUUUCAGCCAUUGCGAGAAGUCACUCAAUUGCAGUACCCACACUGGCCUGACUUUGGAACAACCUCGCAGCCUACACACCUCCUCAGAUUAAUCGAAUAUUGUGAUCGGGUUCUCACUACAACGAAUAGUCCUGUUCCCGUUACGUUCCAGAGACACGCAUUUGAUCAGCGGCCGGUCUUGGUGCACUGUAGUGCUGGGUGUGGACGUACCGGCGCUUUCUGUACGGUUGACACCGUCCUAGACAUACUGAAGCGGCGAAGGGGUCAAGGCACAGUGGACGGUAUGACAUCAGGGCUCACUGAGAAACAAUGGGAUCUCGAUGAGGGUCUGGACCUCAUUGAGAAGACUGUGGACGACUUCCGCAGACAAAGACCCAGCAUGGUUCAGAACCUUUCGCAAUUUGUUCUGUGCUAUGAAAGCGUGCUGGAAUGGGCUGUAUCGCACAUAGGAGAAUAG